AAACCUCUCAAGUGUUCAAUUUCCUUAUGGAGACCCUACUGCAUGUUUUGGGGUUCCGCCAUCUUUUGAUAUUUCAACAAUGCCUCCUGACUACAAUAAUUUAGGUGUAACAUGGGCUGGUCAUCCAUCUAGUUAUAAUCUUACAUCAGCCCCAACUCCAGCAAUUUGUGGAGGUUUUGGGGACAUAGACGGGUUAUAUGGAAAUACUAGUGGUCUAAUAGCUUUGCCUGGACAACUUCAAUAUGAAUUAGAUCCCAUGUUGGCUAAUGGUUAUGGGAAAUGA